AUAGGCAAAACCCUGCACAGAGAGACACAGCUUCCAAGGGAUUAAAAACACUGUAGAGACCUAAGUUUAAUUCAACUGCUCUCCAUGGUUUCCAAUAGAACAGAUCGGGUGUUCAUCUGUCUACUGGUCAUGCUGAUGGCAAGGGCAGAGGUGCAGGUGAACUUCUCACCUGAGUGUAAAGAAUUCCUAUACAUGGGCACACCGCCUCAGGGGCUUCAGGACAAGUUGUUCAAAAAAAUCUGCCAGUCCUACAAUGGAAAGCCACGCUUUGUCACUCUGUAUGACACUGUCGACCGCAUCCCUGUUUAUUCUGCGUACACCUUCAAGCGCUCGGAUGGGUCCAAAAAGGUUGAUGUGCCUUGGAUGUUCGAACCACAGCUGUCCAUAGUGUCUGGCUCAAGGGACAUGCAGCACUUUCCUCAGGAGGAUCUUCAUCAGAGUUUUGCAGAUGCUCAGGCCAUUCUAGACGACUACUCGGAGACUAUCAGCUUCGAACGUGGCCAACUGAAUCCAGACGAGCACCAGGCCCACCCUGACGACAAGGCGGCCACCUAUACCCUGACUAACGUGGUCCCUCAGGCCCGGGAAUUCAACAUCGGUGCCUGGAAAAGACACGAGCACACCAUCCGCAGGCGCCUCAACAACUACUGCCGUGGCAUCGCUUAUGUGGUCACCGGGGUCACAACCUCAGGGCACAUGAUCCGCCGCCACAACAUGAACCGCGUGGGUAUCCCCACCUACCUGUGGUCGGCCUACUGUUGCAUUGACUUUGACCACAAUGCACCGUAUGAUGUGCGCUCCAAGUUCCCUGCAUAUGCAUCUCACGGGCUCAACGACAAGGAGAACGACCAGGUUCAGGAGAUGUCUGUGCAGCACCUGGAGGACUUCCUGAAGAGGGAAACUUACGUUGGCAAGUCCUUCCAGCUCUUCUAUGAUAACUGUGUGCCCCCUCAAGAUCCCUUGCGCUUCCCUUGA